AUGAAAUCUAUUUCAAUCGCACUGGUAGUUGUAGUUGUUACUGCAAUAUGUCAAACGAAGGGAAUGAAGUUGUCAGCACUGAUGGCUCGCACAAAUCAGCAAGAAGAUUUUUGUGAAAUAUGUCAAAUGUUUGUUAGUACGAUAGCCAAGGCAAUUGACAAAAUUUUCGAUUGGCUGGGAGAGGAAAUCGAAGUUCUGUGUGCCGACAGUUUUGCUGGUAAUUCGACUGCUGUUGAUUUAUGUAAAACAAAAGUAGAUGCUAUGGUUACAGAAAUACGAGAGUUUGUUGGGAUUUUAGAAAGUCCAGAAAUGAUAUGUCAAAAAAUUUAUCUUUGUUAA